UGUGCACCUGCCUGUAUGCCUAUCCUGCAGACGAAGAAGAAGGAAACAAAAUCUGGCGCUCGGUGGUUGAGAGAAUUUUCUCUGCCCAACAUUGCCCUGUGCUCGUUCCGCGUCGUCGAAGAGCGUUUCGACAGCCUCGUCGCCUGCAGAGAGAACGAACUCGGCUCCCACUUCGAAAUGGCGAAGCGCAUCCUGCUCCUCCCGCUGGUGUGCCUCCUGCUGCAGGAGACUCGCGGCUGGCAGAACACGCACCUGUUCGGCGACGUGUGCUGGCCGAACGGUUCGAGCGUGCUGUGGCUCCAUCGCGGCGAGCUGCCGUCGGCCGUGGUGGGCCUGCGGUACCCGCUCGAGACAGCGCACAACUGCAGCUUCGCCGUGGCCAGCGACAGCGGCGCGCUCAUCGUGGUCGUCCGGCUGCUCGACCUGCGCCGCGAUCCCAACGGCACCUGCCUGGAUCACGUCGCGCUGGAGGAAGGACCGGGCGGCCGUCCCCUGAUCUUCGACGGUCCCCGGUGCUGGGCGAAGCAGGGCGACGUGAUGCACGCCCUGGCGCGCGGGGUCGUGCACGUGCGCCUCAGCGUGACGCCGCCGUUCGAUCGCGUCUACAGGGGACUCAACAUCGCGUUCACCACCCACUUUCACGGCAAUCUGUGCGACUCGGAAGAGAUGUUCCGCUGUGCCACGGGUGGAGACGUGUGCAUCCCGCGCCGGCUGACCUGCAACGGCAUCAACAACUGCGGCGACGACAGCGAUGAGCCCAGGCACCUGAGCAGCGAGCACUGCCACGUGGGUCCGGAGGACAUCUGGGGCCCCAUCGUGUUCUGCACCAUCCUGGUGGUGUUCUCCGGGAUCGUCGUCUACGUCAUCCUGCUCGACAUAUGCAUGGCGCGCGUGUCCUUCGGCACGAGCUCGACCAGCAGCACCAGCGGCGACACCAGCACGGACAGCGGCGACAGCGGCAGCGGCGACACCUCGCCCACGCCGUUGCCGGAGGGCGACCAAGCCGCGCUCUUGCGCAACGCCGAGAUCGAGGUGCAGGCGUGAGGGCACUCGGGUUCGGGCGAGCGCGCAGGGCCCGGCGGACCACGUCCGAGAGGCCCAAGGUUGCAGCGCGCGUCAAAAUUGCGAGAACGUCCUUACUAUACAUCAUACGCCGAGUGGUUCGACGGAAAUUAAAGUUGAUUAGCUUUUUUUUUUC